AUGGGGAUGGCCUCCAUGAUGAUAAAACCUGGUGCACAAUCUCGAGUUUUCAUCAAUGAUGCCAUCCUGCUGGACGAAUCCCCACCGGAACUACACAGCGUCACCAUAGAAACAAACGGGCGUCUAGUGUGGAGCCCGGAUGGAGAUUACAGCCUGACCACCCAGUACAUUUUGAUCAAGGGGCGUUUUGACAUCGGCAGUGAUGACUGCAAGUUUCACAGGAAAGCCAACAUCACUCUUACAGGCAUCCGUGGCAAGUACAGAUACGUCAUGGGACCUCACCUGUUCGGGGAGAAGUUCAUCGGGGUGGCUCCGGGUGGCACCUUGGAACUUCAUGGCAGAGAGAAGCUGUCCUGGACUAAACUGACCAGAACUCUGCCCAAACUGACCAGCGCCAAUGGACUGCACUACGAACACAAGACAAGCAACCACAGUUCUGAUGGGAGUUGGAAGAAGGGCAUCCACGCUUACGUCAUGGAUGGAAGAAAUGGUCACGUGAUCGACUUUGCAAGCUUCAUUCUGGGAGAGUACAACAGUUACUAUUCCCCGAGAGAUCCAACGUCUCUGGCACAGUUCAUUAAUAGUGCAAAGGAUGGGGACAUUGUCCAACUGAGUGUCAAGACGAACCUGUUCGAGCCACGGGUCAAUCUGACACCUGUAUACGAGGCUGUGGAGACACUUACUGAUGGACACGUGACCGGAAAUGGGCUAAUUAGAUCUGUCCGGAAAGGCGACGCAUACGCUCUCAUCAUUCAAAAAGGGAAGCCGGAAACGUUAGACCAGAAGAUUGGUGUCAACUACAAACUGCGAUCUCAGACUGCCAAGGUCAGUCUGACUCUGUGGGACAGACGUUUGAAGUUCUCUGUCAGCAGCUACAUAGACAACAAACACUCCUACUUGAACUCCGUCGACUUUAGGGUCGUGUCAACUCAGGCUGCAUACCCCAUCCUGAAUGUCAUAGACGAUGUGUCGACAUGGCAACCAGGUGACAAAGUCAUAGUAACAUCUACGGACUACCAAUGGACCCAGACAGAGGAGGGAACUGUCAUCAAGUGUGCCAAGUGUCACCAUAAUCAAGUCCAGAUAGACUUGGAGCCGCGCUUCACACAUUGGGGGGAGAUGUUGGACGGGGUGGACCAGAGAGCCGAGGUGGCGCUGCUCACUCGCAACAUCCGGGUUGAAGGUCGCAUGGAGAACACGUGCCCACCUAGCAACCGCAACUGUAAUAUAUAUAACUAUGACACGUAUGGUGGCCAUGUCAAGUUUGUGAAGGGUUUCAAGGACGUCCACAUACAAGGGGUUGAGCUGACUCACAUGGGACAACAGUCCGAAAAAGGUUUCUAUCCAAUCCACUUUCAUAUGACUCACGAUGUCGACAGCGUCGGUAACUAUAGCAACCCGGCCUGGGUGCGGCAUUGCUCUGUACACCACACCUACAGUCGCUGUGUCACCGUCCACGGCACUCAUGGUGCUACAGUACAAGACAAUGUUGGAUACGACCACCUUGGUCACUGCUACUUCCUGGAAGACGGCGGAGAGAAGAGGAACGUCUUCGACGGUAACCUUGGAGUAGGAACCAGAAAGGGCAGUAUUCUACCCUCGGAUGGCAAGCCUGCCACGUUCUGGAUGACGUCACCGUCAGUGUACCUUAGAAACAACGUCGCCGCCGGUGGCGAGGGUGUAGGUAUAUGGUACGUGUAUCCCGAUGAGCCAAUGGGUCCUUCCUUCGGUCUGGGAUUCUUUCAGAAGAAUGAAGCGAAACACACCGCCCUGCUGGAGUUCAACAACAACGUUGCCCACUCCAACUUCCAGGGGAUGUUCAUGGAUGGCAUCGUCGAGCCGGACGAGUCAGUCGGGGACAACAAUCACUAUGACGCAAGAGAGGACCCUCUAAAUACAACCUCUCCUUUCAAAGAGGUUGUUCUCUACAGACUGACGGCUUACAAGAACCAGUAUCAGAACGCGUGGAUCAGGGGUGGUCUGAUACGGAUGGAUCAUUCAUCGUUUGCGGACAGUGGACGGAGCUUGACCAUGGCUAGAGCAGCGGCUGAUCAAUCGCUGACCAACUCCAUCGUAAUCGGCGAAUCCCGGAAUCUUGGCGAACCUUCACGGAUCUCCCUUGGCAACGACAAAUACACCGACAUGCCGCGAAGUAUUCCACUUCCGUAUGACCCCCACCAGCCUCUAAACGGCUUCCUCUUCUACGACGGUCCUGUAUAUAUAAAGAACGUGUGGUUCAGUAACUUCAUCAGCAAUGUCAACUACACCGCGGGGGCGAUAGGCUUCCUUCGAAACAACGGAUACAGUUCAUCUCCAUCCAACAUGGCUACCAAUGUCAAGUUUAACUUUGUGGACGGGCCCACAACGGGUAACCGAGUGUAUGACGGUAAUGAGACCAUCCACGGGUUUGGCAACGACGACGGCGACAAGACUGCUACCAUCAGGGACACCGACGGUUCCCUAACUGGGUACCGGGGGGCAACUGUGGUGAAGCCAGGGUCGUACUACCACAACGCUAGAUGCUACCGGCGGGACAACUGGAAUAUGCAGAUAUGUCCCCAGGAGUUCGGCUCUUUGUCGAUACGACUCGGGAGUACUGGGGACCAUGGCAAGACACACCCCUUCAUGAUCAGAGACGAUGACCCUGCUGCUAAGAUGACGGAGACGUGGGCGCACUCGGCGGCGUUCCCGGUGACGCUUGGGGGACAUUACAGCUACACUCUACACUGGAGCGGCAUCGUGCCCCACGAGUUUCAUAUUGUCGGGGAAGGGAUUGAUAAAGGUCGAUGGCUUAGGUUCGGCGUGUGUCUACCAAGGGAUGGCAAGUUCCACAUCUGGCAGUUCAAGCCAGUGUAUCGUGAUAGCCAGUCGAAAUGGGAGAACCAACACUGGACGGAACUGACCAGUGUAGCCGACCUCGAGAAGGACAAGUCGGGCACAGGCUACUUCUGGGAUAAACAUACUGGAUUGAUGUUCUUCAAGAUGUUCAACAACCAUGAGAGGUACAACAACGAGACGGACGCUUGUCCCGACGGCUGUCCCUACGUACGCAUCCAGGUCCUCUCCGGCAACCUCCACGACGGCGACUGUUCCUCCAGAGCAUAUGGACCGUACAGACGGGCACCUGUUGUACGCCAUCGUAAUACCUAG